AUGUCCACACCAACGCCCAUAUCCCCGCCCUCCUCCGCCCCCGCAGGCUCGUCGAACGAGCCCGCAGAACCCCCCGUCUCCCCCAUCGGGCAGACUGGCUUCCCGCACAAAACCAGCGCCGCCGUGUCCACGCGCACGCCCUUCAUCGACACCGGGACGCCGGCUAUCAACGCCGCGCCCGUGGAGCUCGACGGCGUGCCGACGAGUCCGCCCGCCGAGAAGGGGGGCAAGAAGGGCAAGGUAGUAGGGCUGGGCGAGGAGGACGAGAUUGAGGCGGAGUUUUUGGGGGAGGGGGGGAGGAGUGCCGGGGGUGUGGUUAGUGAGAAGCGCAAAGCAAUGCUCGCCCAGCGCGGCCGCGAUCCCGGCGUUAUUGUGGAUUUACCCACCGAGCCGACUGCGGAGGAGGUGCGGGCUGCGAAGGCGAUGGAGGGGGCUGUUACGCCGGGGGUGGAGAGGGAGGAGCGGUGA